GGGGUGGAAAAGGCAAUGCAAGAACUGGAGGUUACAGUGUUGCGAGCUGCUGUGGCCCUGGGAGUGGAGUGGUGCACGCUUUCUCGACUGCAGAAAGGCUGAACAGAGGUGAUUCUUAGUCAGAGAUGCUGCCUGGAAUCUCUUCCAGUGGCCCUGUCCCUUCCAGCAGCCCCAAAGUGAGAGGAGCCAUGGAAAGACCAUGAUUUACUGAACAGCCCAUGGGACUCCAAGGCCCAACACUUGGACUCCAUUUCCGUCUCUGCUACUGACUCCCUGGGUGAUUUGGGGCUUCGAGCCCACCAUGGAGCCAGGGUGCAUGGAGAACCUCUCCAUUCUCUACCAUAGCUCAGACUUCAUCGUGGUCAACAAGCAUUGGGACCUCCGCAUUGACAGCAAGAUGUGGUACGAGACCCUGACCCUGCAGAGUCAGCUGAAGCACCGGUUCCCAGAGCUGGCUGAUCCUGACACCUACUAUGGCUUCAGGUUCUGUCACCAGCUGGAUUUCUCCACCAGUGGAGCGCUCUGUGUAGCUUUGAACAAGGCAGCGGCUGGCAGGGCCUACAAGUGCUUCAAGGAGCGGCAGGUCACUAAAGCCUACCUUGCCCUGGUUCGAGGCCAUGUGCAAGAGAGCAGGAUGACCAUCGACCAUGCCAUUGGGAAGAAUACGACAGAAGGCCUGACCCACAUGAUGUGUAUUGAAGGGACAGAAGGCUGUGAGAAUGCCAAACCGUGCCUGACAGAACUGACAGUCCUGGAGCGUGGGUUGUAUGAUGGUGAUCCCGUCUCCAAAGUCCUCCUCCAGCCCCUCACAGGCCGGACCCAUCAGCUUCGAGUACACUGCAGCAGCAGAGGACAUCCCAUUGUGGGCGACUUCACCUAUAGCUUCAAGAAGGACAGCCGCCCCUUCCGCAUGAUGCUGCAUGCCUUCUAUCUCCGCAUCCCCACCUGCGGGGAGCUCAUCGAGGUGAGCACGCCCGACCCCUUCGUGCCCACGCUGGAUGCUAACUGGCAGCCCCAACAAUCGGUCCAUCCCUUGGAGCAAGUCAUCCAGGCCCUGAAGGCCACAGUGGACCCGACCCCUGGGGAAGCUUCGCCUCUGCCCAAGGUGGGCCAGGAUGUGGUCACGCAGGAGGCCAGGGCUGGAGAAUCGGAGGAGCAGCGGGCCAGGUGCCAGCAAUGGUUGGCUGAGUGGGCAGUGGAACCAGAGAACUGAACUGUGCACCGAUACACCACUGCCCACCCUUGCAGGGGGGUCAGUGACUUGUCCUUAGGAAACUCAAACCGUUCCCAGAUACAGAUCAUCUCUUUCUUCCCGAGACCUUGAGUAUGAUGGAAUAGGGGCUCAGCAAGAGAGGGGUUUCUUUCCCCUUCCUCUCUCCCCCCCCACCAGCUUCUCCACCUCCUGUAGCCUGUAUGUCCGAGGCUGAGGGAAUUUAACCUCAACACUAUUCUCAGGGGGUUGGAAUGGGCUGGGACUGGGGCAGUUAGUUUCAAGCUGGUGCCAUAAGGGAAAUGGCUAACCCCUGAUUCCCCACCCCUGGGCACCUACAGUACAGGGACAGGUGGGAAUUCGCUUUCCAGAAUGGUAGAGUGAGUAGGGAUCAGACAUUUCCUUGUCACCAUCUACAGGCAGCUAGUAGUGCAGUGGACAGAGCACUGCGACUGGAGUCAGGAAGACCUCAGUUCAAAUCCAGUCUCAGAUGCUUACUAGUUGUAUGACCUUGGGUAAGUCACUUAACCUCAAUCUGCCUCAGUUUCUUCAUCUGUAAAUUAGGGAUAAUAAUAGCACUUGCCUCCCAGGGUUGUUGUGAGGGUCAAAUGAGGUAAUAUUUGUAAAGUGCUUAGUCCAGUGCCCAGCACAUAAUAAAAGCUGUACAACUGCUGAUAUUGUCACUGUGUGUCAGGAGGCUGUCCUGAAUGAGGGAGGGGAAAAAUGUCUCCACCAGAACUUUUAGUUUUUUUCUGGCCUAGGGGACAAAAUCGCAUUUGUUGAAAAGAAGCCGGGCUGACAGAGCCCAUCACUAGGCUCUCUGCUUGCAAUCAUUUCCAUCUUAUAGAUGAGAAAACUGAGGCCCAGCGAGGUUACUUUCAAAGUCACCCAGUUUCUUAGCCAUCUUUCUUGAUGCCUCUACAGUGCCUGUAUUUGGGGAAGUUUUUUUUUUUUUAAUCAAGAUGGGGUGGGAGGUAAGGGGCAGGUACGAGGGUGAUUUUUCAUUGUAAUGGAGCAUGGAUGCCACAUUCCAGGUGUGCCUGGACCAUCUAUCACCAUGGGGAUGAAAGAGGGAGGGAGAGUUGAUGAGGUUUAUCUAAGAUGCUGCUUCACUCAGUCUCAGGUAUUUGCCAGCACUAGAAGCCUUCCCACCUGCCCUUGCCCACCCAUACAGGACAGAUGAGUUAGCCAUGUGAUAGACUGCAGACUUCUCUUUCACCAGGAGAGGGCGCCGGCUGUCCACAGGUAGUUGGCACCCCCCAGCUCAGGUGUUGGAGGUGGUUUUACAGCUGUUUAUCACCAUCUGGUCCCUGCCCACUGUCACUGGCCCCCAAGUUCUGUCUGAUUGGAGAAGGCUCAGUCUCCAGGACCCUUGUACAUAGAACAAUGUGUUCUGGUUAGCUCUUCCCCAUCCCCCAACAUCUAAUCACUCACCAAGUCUUUUCAGGGCUUGCCCUGUGACCUGAUCCAUCCUUUCUGGUCCAUUCUUGAUGCCGCCAUUCAUUAUCUCUUGGCUAGACUAUUAAAACAGCCUCCUAACUGGACUCCCUGCCUCCGUUCUUUCCCUUCCAGCGCUUCCAGUCCUCAUGCACACCUCCCAUUAUGUUGAAUGUUGCUGGGGUUCCCUCUUGCCUCUGAGAUGGAAUCCAAACUGCUGAUCCUGGCAGUCACAGCCUUUCAUGAUCUGGCUGUAAGCUUCUGAGCCUUAUCUCCCAUCUGCCCUUGCUUAUAUCCUCUGCUUCAGCCAGUAUACUCUUUUAACCACGCCAGGAUCAUUCCCACCCAUAGUCUCUUGCUUGGGCUUUGUACUCUGCUUGGAAAUUCCCUUGCCUUCUCUCCCUUUUGAAAUCCCUUCCAUCCUUCAGGUCUUAACAAAAUGCUAUGGAUUAGAUAUUUAGAACAGGAUGGAACUUAGAGCUCAUCUAGUCCUAUCGCAUCAUUUCACAGAUGAGAAAACUGAGGCCCGGACAGGUUGAAGUGACUUGCUCCUCCCCACUGCUCACACAGCCAGCGUCCCAGUCUGCACCUUCAUCACCUCCUGCGGGGACUAUGAAAUAGCCUCCUAGCUGUUCUUCUUGACUCAGGUUCCUCUCUUCUCAAAUCCAUCCUCCUUACGGCUGCUGAAACGAUUCUGCCAAAGAUCAGCUGUGACCGUGUCAUUUCCUGACUCAAAAACAGCAGUGUCCCCUCUGUCUCUUGGGUCAAACAUAAACUGUAGCAUUAAAAAGUGGCUCCAAACUUAUUAGACAGCAGCCCCCUUCCUGUACACAGGCCCUUCUGCUGUUUCACAAGCAUGACACUUUGCCCUGGCUGUUCCCCGCACCUGGAAUUGGCUCACUCCCCAUCUCUCUGCCUCCUCGCACAAAUUCUUUGUUCCCUUCAAAACUCAGCUUGAGCAUCUUCUCAGUGAAGCCUUUCCAGAUUCCCACUCCACCCCCCUAGCACUAGCCCUUCCUCUCCAAAUUACUUCGUAAUUGGUGUAUAUAUAGUCUGUAUGUACUUAAUUUAAUUGACGUACCUGUUUUUUUUUUCCUGAGAUUAUAAGCUCCUUGUGGGUGGGAAGUUUUUAGUUUCUGUGACUAGCAUGGCACCUGGCACAUAGUAGGUACUUCAUAACUAGUUGCUAAUUGAUCGUCCAGGGUCACUCAGGUAGUAUGUAGCAGCGUCGGUAUUUGAAUCCAGGUUCCCCAACUCCAGAUUCAGCACUUUUGCUAUUAUGUUUGGCAGUCUUUUUUUCAGGAAACUUUUUCUGACCUCUGCAGCUCAUAGUGAAAUUUCCUCUGAAAGCAGGAUGUGUCUCCCUGACUUGUGUUCUAUGGGGGUACUGCCAGGCCUCUCUUCCUGACUUGAUUGUGAACUCUCUGAGAGCAGAGAUGGCUUCUUCUUCUGUCACCUGCUUCAAAUAACUUCACAUAGGACUGAGAAUAUGGUGGGUGUUCAAUAAAUGACUUGAAAAUUUCGGAGAAGCGCAUGAGCUUAUCCUUCAGUGACAUUUGACAAAGCCAGCCACAGACUUCAGUAUAUGCCAAAGAAAGCCCGUUGGGCUUACUCCCAGGGCCGGCUCCUACCACCCAGAGGGGCCUCUUUCUAGCAAGGCCCCUUCCUUUCCUCAUAUGACUUAAGAGAGGAGACUAGUGAGUGGACUUUGUGGAUGGUGGCUUCUCUACAUAGCUCAUGGCCACAGAUCUGCACCAGGGUAUCUGCAUCCAAAUUGGGAGGCAUUUGGAAAGCCAGGGCCAUGUCCAGUUGUGGUCUGCUCCCUUGGAGGGAGUAACCACAUUGAUGAGACCGUGGGUUCACUACAGUAACUCCCAUUUGCAUAGCACUUUUAAGGUUUGCAAAAUACUUUACAAGAAUUUGUGAGGCAGGUAGUGCCAACAUUAUUGUCCUUUACAGCUAAGGAAACCGACUGGCAUCAGAGCCAGGACUCAAACCCAGGUCUUCUGACUUCUAAAUCCAAAAUUCUUUACCCUACCUUAUGCUAUCUAAUUAAAUCCAUUGCUAGAAAUGGUGAGAGACAGUGUGUAAUAAGGGGACUGGUUACAAGUAACAGAGUGACUUUCCCUGGUGGGUUGCAGCCCAGAUAGAUGGGGGUGGGGGUUUUCUGAUUUGGAACAAGAAUCUUCAAGCAGUGAUUAUGGAUGGCAUGAGUAGCUUGAGAGUAUGGUUUCAAAUUCCUUUUUCGGUUUGUAUUGGGAAGAAAUUUCCCUUCUUUUAUGGGUGCAAAGCAGUGACUUAUCUUGGGGAAGACAUGCUUGGGACCAGAUGAGUCUCAACAGAACUUGCUUAUCACCCAAACAAAUGAACCAGGUGGUGCCAAAGGGUCAGGUGUCUUUGAAGGUUCCAGACCUGAAAGAUGUGUCAAACUGCAUCAGUUUCCCCUGGCACCCCACCUCCUUCUAGGAACCAUUCUUGGUUGGCAUUUUGUCCUUGAUCCUAGGGCAAUGAGCACCUUUCAUUAUUUUUAACUUCUCAAUCACUGUGAGCCCCAGCCUCCUAAACACUUCUAGCCUGCAAGUCUGUGUAGUUCCUUGGGUCCGAGAUCUGCUCUGCCUGGUUCUUGACACCCCUCUCUCCUCCUUUCCCACUCACCUUGGUGCCCUGACCCAUCAUUGAUUCCAUCCUACAAUCCUUGUUAUCAAUCAUCCAGGGAACCUUAUGUCUCACCUACAUUUCUACAUAAUCACUAUCCAACUUCCCCUUCCUCAGCCUAAGGAAAAACUAGGAAAUAAAAAUGAGAAUACAGUUAUCACUUUCAUAUGGUGAUUUUCUCCAUUAUGGUUUCGAUAUAUUGAGGUUCAGCAUGAGAAAUUAAAUGGGAAUUUUUUGGGAAUUUCGUAUCAGCGAAGGCCAGCAGAUGACACAGAAGAAGUUUAGAAACUGAGAAAUGCAUAGUAUUGUAUAGUAUAGCCUAUGACCAAAUACUUAACCCAAGUUUUCCAAUAAGGUAAACACUCCAUUUUAAAAAAAAGAAAAAAUUCAGACUUGUUCUCUGGUAUGGAGGGCCAAAAAAUUUGACAUGGAUUUUCCAGAUUGAAGGGGUGGUGCUGUGCCCAUAAGCCUCACAGUGUUGGAGGGAUAACUGUAUUUGCAUGGUGUAAUGAAAAGAUGACUAGACUUAGUGUCUAGUCAACAUCCCUGCCUCUGCUACUUAUCUCAAUUACUUGGGGCAAAUCAGAUUAUCUCUCUGGGCCUCAGCCUUUUUAUCUGUAAUAGAGGGUUAGGCUAAAAUGACAUCCAGGGUACUUUCUAGCUCCAAACCUGUGCUCCUAAAGACCUCAUUCUCAUCAUCUCAAAAAUCAGAUCAUCAACCCAACAGACAAGUCAGUCUGAAGUUAACAACAACAAAAUCCUUUCCUAUACAGCCUCAGAAAAAAGGACUGAAAUCACAGGUCUGUCCUUGAAACUUGGGCAUUUGUCAAACCAGGCCUCAAGUGUUCCCAAUUCCCAAUCUAUGAGUAAAUGGUGUAGCUCAGGAGUGGAGAGCUUACGGUCUCAAGACCACAUAUGGUGUGGCCCUCAAGGUCACCAAAUGCAGCCCUUUGACUGAAUCCAAACCUCACAGAACAAAUCCUUGCCCUCUAGGUCCUCGAGUGUGCUCCUUUGAAUCCAAACCCCCAGAACAAAUCCUUGCCCUCUUAAGUCCUCAAGUGCAGCCUUUUGACUGAAUCCAGACUCCACAGAACAAAUCCUUGCCCUCUAGGUCCUCAAGUGUAGCUUUUUGAUUGAAUCCAAACCUCAUGGAGCAAAUCCUUGCUCUCUAGGACUGAAUCUACACUUCACAGAGGAUGUAGAGAGCCACAUGGGUCCUCGAGGCCGCAGGUUCCCCACUCCUGGGUAGCUGAUCAAGCAGUGGAAAACCAGUGAAAUCCCAAAGUAUAAAAACAGUCAGAAUAAGACCAGAAGAAGGGCCAAGAAGAAUAAUGAAAUUCAAUCUGAACAUCAGGUGUAAGUUGUUUCUCCUGUUCUGCCAUGACCUCUUUCACCUUUUUUUUCUUUCUCAUUCUUAAUGGACACUUGGGUUCCGUGUUGGAAACAUCACAAAAUAAAAGUCUAGACCAUCUUCAGUCCCUCGGUGAUUAUAAAUGUAUGUUAGUGAACUUGUCUUAGAUGGAUUCACUGACUUCAUGCAUGAAUAGAGGCUACCAGUAUCAUCUGGAUUGCUAUGAAGUUGUUCAGAAAUAGUGGCAUAUCUUUGUUUAUUUAACUUAAUUUCCUCCAUCACAGUUUCAGGGCAGAGGUAGAGUGUUGUUCUGUCUUUUCAGUUGUGUCUGACUUCAU